AUGGUGAAAGGGUAUUGGGUGAUGGCUCAAACUAGUAGUCCUCAGUUUGUUCUUGCCAGGUAUUCCGUUUCUUCGCUCUCUGGAGUCUUGUGUCUUUUCACAGCUCUAGUGUUGGUACAAGAUUGGUUUGUUCGAAAUAGGCUUGUAGCUCAUGCUUCCAGUUUUAACUUGGCGUAUCUUGGUUCGAGCUAUGGCCCCUCCGUCUACUGGAUUUUAACCGUUCAGACUAUGGGAACAAUUGCUCCAGUGCUGAGAUGGCUCGCUGCUUCGUGGUUCAAGAUUGCUGAGACGGAGCGAAGGAGCUUCAGAGAUGAACUCAAGGUUGACAAGUACUGGACUUUGAGGCUGGAAGAGUGGAGAGACAGACCACUUCCAUUUCAUGUUCAAAACCGCGCAUGCAAGAAGAUACUUCGCGAUGUUGUAAGAUUCGUUCUGAAUUUCUGCAUUGGAGUUCAGAUUCUCUUUGUUUCAGCUGGGAAACUAGUUUUAUUCAUCUCUUCUAGAUUUGGUAGUGCGAGCCUCGGUUGCCCUAUAAAAUCCUCAAGAACAUCUGCAACGAGGGCGGAUAGGCUGACAUGUGUAGGCGAAGAAAAGCAGCCAAGAAACUUGAUCCAGCUUCUAAAGAAAUCUUCAAACUUCAAAGGGGUGGGACGAUUUGACAGCUGCCAUGUUCCGAGCUUGCAUUCUGAAGAACCUCGAAAUUGCUGGUCUAUGCCCGUGGUGACUUUGACAGCCAUUUCAGUUGCUCUUACCAAAAUCGCGGAUGAGAAGACUAACCAGUUACUGGUUUAUGUAAGUGACGGCCUGACUAUUGUAAAGCUUAUCGAGGAGACUCUAGACGGAAUUGGAGAGUCAGAAAGCAUCAGAAAAGCAGCAGAUGUGGUUUGGAUUGGAGUUGUAGUGUAUAGAAAAUGGGAUGACAUGGAUUUGAAGAGCACGAGAAUUAGAGGCACAACGCACCGGGAAACACUGCAAAACCUUUCUAGCAUUGCAGAAAAGGUUGUGACAGAAUUUAUUGCUCGAACGAAAGAUAUUCUAAUGCAGAACCCUCUAAACUGGCCUGCUAGAGUUAUAGCUGCUAACUCAAUGUACAGAAUUGCUCAGACGAUCUUGGUAGGAAUGGGAGAUGACGAGCACCAAGAUGACGACGAGCUAUUUGAGAGUAUAUCCAUCACCAUCUCGGAUAUACUAGCAGGGUGCCUCACCAAUCUAGUGCAGGUCAUAACAUUGAAGUGUCACACAAAUGACAUCAGAGAAAGGGAAAAAAGUGUAAGGCGAGCAACGAUUCUUCUUGGUGAGAGCAAGCAGAUUCUUGAAAUCCUCCAGGAGCGUGAGCUUCCGAGUUUAGAUGUGGAGAAAGCUUCUUAUAUUGACGAGUGGAAGGCUUCUAUGGCAUUGGAUAUUGAAAAUCCUCCAUCAUCUGCUUCUGCUUCUUCAAGUGACGAUGCAACAAUGGUGUAG